AUGCAACAACUUGACAUCAGUCUAGACAGUAUUGGAUACAUCUACUCUCGGCAAUUGAACGAUUACAGCAGCAAUCAUCAACAGAAGUUGCCAUUGCAUUUUGAGUCUGUGUGCCACUACUACGAUAUUUUAGUUCACGACCCAAGAACAGACAGCAGUACAGACAAGCAAUCAAAACUCUAUCAGCAAUUCAACAAAAUCAUCACUUCGCCAUCGACGAUACAUCAUCAUAUCACACCACCCAUUCCACGCAAAAGAGAGUUCGUCAAGAACAACGAAAGAAGACAAUACCUCUUGGAUGAGUUCAUCACAACCGAGGCCAACUACCUCUCCAGCUUAAAAACAUUUGUUUCCUUGAUAGUUGAGCCACUGCGACAAAGAUCUAAAGAUAGACAAACAGCUAUCAUUGGGCAGUACGAGUGUGCAAACAUCUUUAUGAACAUUGACGAAAUCGUGCAAGUAACAGAAAACUUUUACAACGACCUCAUCCAGUUCAGUGCCAAUCCUGCUGCUACCCAGCAGCGGAAUUUGGGCGAUUUGUGUCUCUAUCAUAUGCGCCAAUUUACUUGCUACAACAAGUUUUUGCUGGGGGUUCAUAAUGCGCAGAUCAUCAAUGAAAAGCAGAUGAAGGCUCCCAGCUACUUUCAUUUUAUAGAGAAAGUGAUUGAAGGGCAAAAGAGCGGAAAUCAAACUGUAUAUGAUUAUUUGGCAUUGCCUAGCCAAAGAGUGGGACGCUAUACCAUGUAUUUCAAAGAGCUGAUGAAGCACACGACUGACGACCAUCCGGAUUUACCGGGAUUGCAUGGCUCCCUCUUGAAGGCAGAGGAAAUAGCCAACAUGACCGAAGAGAUCCAUACGCAACUCAUGAAGAUAUUUCGUCGCUUGCUGCAAGCUAUUCAGUAUUGCCCAGAAUCUCUGCUCAGCUUUCAACGUCGCCUAGUUGGGUAUUUGGACACGAUCGAACUGGAUCCAGUGACGUUAAAACCUAUGCAGCCAGUAACGCUCUUUUUGUUUUCUGACAAAAUCAUGGUGGUGAAGCGUCCCUCGUAUGAAGUAGAUGGUUUGGACUUGUGCGGGUUGGAUCAACGCAUGUACGAAGGGUCUGAAAGAAAGGAUUUCUGUAUACGCAAAGAAGCUAUUACCGGGAAAAUGAAGUUUAUUGGCUGGGCUAGUGUCAAUGAUAUUGACGUGUAUGACGGACCCUCGGGCAAGUCGAUAACCAAAAGAUAUAAAAACAACCCAAAUCUAACCAUGCUCUUCAAUAUAGACAAUUUCACCUUGCUGUGUAACAAGUCCGGCUCGUUAUUUUCCUCACCUGAUACGGAUCAAACGACACAGAGAUCAUUGGAGGCCUACUUUCAGCAUGACCAGCAGAAACACUGCUUCCUGCUAGAUCAAGCCGGCGGAGGAAACAGUAUCAAUCGAGAGCAUUUCCAGACCAUGGACAAGAUCAAACUGCACUUUAUCUACCAAUUUGGUAAGUGCAAGAACGAGAUCAAGCAAAGCGAUCAACUCUUGCAGUCCAGUUACUGUCAGUGGAAUCAGCACCAUUUCUACGCCAAUGUCUAUCCUACAUCCGAGUAUCAUCAAGUACUAAACAAGAACGAAAUUGCUUUAUUUUAUAUUGAAAAAAAUACAGUCAAUAUAGAAGCUAUUCUGAGCAACUGCUUCGUGGCUCCCAACAUGGUAGGCUUCAUUGUCCCGCACGAGAAAGACGAUAAUUAUAGAUUCGCUAUCCGUAGUAAAUGUGCUAUUGGAAACACUGCUAAUGACGAAAUAUCGCUGCUGACAUUUCGGUCCAAUGAUGCACAUCAAGUACAAUACGCUCAGAAUCAGCUGUUUGGCAACUUACUUGCUUGUGAUCGCGAUUUGUCAAAAUCAGCUCAAUUGGCAUGUAACACAACAGCACAUAUUACUACUACAUCAGCGGGGCCUGCUCCAACAACAAACAACUCCAAUAGUCGAUUUUCCAUCAUCAAGCAAGACCUGGUCCGCAAAAAGAGCAAGUCAACCUUCAAGCUGUUCACUGCACUCGCAAGCCCAGCUAGCAAACCGUCCAACAAGGAGAAGCUGGGCCAUGCCAGAAGCGCGAGUAGUAGCGGCAGUGGCACGACAGCGACAUCAUCCAACAACACAAUAUCGCCUUCCUCUCCGUCACCUGCAUCAACGCCUACCAGACCGCGGACAACGAGUACGUACAGCGAAUACAUCUUGGGGCUGGAAACGUCGGGUAGCUCGAUUUAUCAUUCGUCGUCGUCAGCAUCCUCAACGCACAGCAACAAUUCCAUCAAAUCACAACAUAGCCAUGAAUCUCGAUUAACAUUACAGUCAUUGGCCUCAAAAGAGCUAUUGCCGCAACAGUCAUCACUGCAUCGAUUAGCGAGCGAAUCUUCUGCCAGUAUCAGUCAACAGAGAUAUUUUAGUCCAAGCUUUCAUCCCAGCCGCACAGCAUCUUAUGAAAUACAGUCUGCUGCUACCAAACGAGUGUCUGAGGAGUUGCAUCCCAUCUUUACCAACAACAACAAUAGCAAUUCAAGCACAACAUCGAAAAUUGAUCAUUUACUGUCCAGUCGCUCGCGAUCUCCCUUUAGCAUUCGAGAGCCUACACCCGCCAUGAUUGAACCAGGCAGUGGUUUCUCUACAUUGCAAAGUCAAGCCAGUUCCACCAUUUCAACGUUUAAUAGCCCUAUGCCUCAUUAUCAAGUGCAAGACCAUACACCUCAUCAUCAAAGGCUCAUGGACAAUGCAACGCCGUCUUCAAGACCCUUAUCCGAUCUGAUUAUACCUAUUGCAACGCCUAACAGCAAAGAGUUUGGUAUCUAUUCAACAAGUGCCGAUGCUGCUUACAAAAGAUCUCCACUAGAGUCUGAUAUUUAUUUGGAGCUGGAGGAAAGAAAUAAGACUAUUUUAAUGUUGACAUCAUUGCUCCGGAAGAAAGAAGAAGAGAUUGAUAUGCUCAAAGCAGACUUAGACGACUCUGUCUCUGAGCUUGGCACAGUGUGUGAUAAAUACAAUUCUGAGCUGGAUCAUUUAGCUACCAUGUACAGCCAGGAGCAAUUAGAAAGGCCCGCUCAUCCAUCUCCAGAUGCUCAAAUCAGGAAAAAGCUAGAGACAACAUUGCGAGAGAGAAAUCAAUGGCAACUUCGAGCAACUGAGCUUGAGCAUCAGCUUCGAUCCUUGUUACUGAAUCAGCAACAGCAGCAACACGGCAACAAAUACAGUAAUGCUCGACAUUCAUAUCAUCAGCAGCAUGACAAGAGAAGUCUAUCUCAUGGCGGUGGGCCUGUCAUGUCGCAAGCCAACGAUAUGUAA